AAAGUUCUUACAACAACAGUGCAGUGAAAUCACGUAAAGAGGGUUCCUUGCCGCCUAUUUAUAUAUAACAGUGAAGCUUGUGUUUCUAAUGUGCUUUUCGUUCAAUUGCAUCGACCAAGAGCAGAGUCUGUAGAAACAAGAGCAGAGUCAGUAGAAAAAAUGCGGUUGCUUCUGCUGCACCUCAGAAACAAUGGAGUUAGAAAUGCCAAACAUCCUUUAGAAAUUGUGCGCCAGUACCCAUAUGCCUUUUCUUGGAGGGAGGCUUUGUCAACUGCUUCUAAAAGUUCAAAACAUCCACUCUCUGGAUCAGGAAAGAACUCUCCAAGUUCUGUUCAAUCAGUUGGGUCUCAGGGCUCUGCUCCAUCUGGUACUCCCCCAGGUUCUAGAAGUCAAACUCUAAAGCUACUCUUUGGAAGUGCAGCUGUUGUUGCUGCCAUUACUACAGCUUUUUAUGUAGGAUUGCCGGGAAGUAUUUUUACUGAUGAAAGCAAAAGAGAACAUACAGAUUUACUUAAUAAUGAAAUUAAGCAGAGUGAUGUGAAAACUUCGGAUGUUGAUUAUAAUGACCACCAAAAUGUUGAGGAUUCCACUCAUAGCAAGGAAGACCUUACUAGUUCCAGUUUCAGUCAGGAAAAAGAGCAGGUUGCAGAGAAGGAAAUGAAAAGAAGUGACGAAUCUGAUGAAGUCCCUACCAAUUACACUAGCCAGGAAAAUGAGCAGGUUAUCAAAGAGGAAAUAAAACAAAAUGACAUAUCUCCAGAAGUACAUUCAAUACAAGAUGAAUCAGAGGAUAUGCAACAGGAAAGAACAACUCAAGAUUCUGGAUUUCACAAAGAUAAUGAAGUUAAUGGCAACAUUGAAAAUGUGUUGCCUUUCUUGAAUGAUGACAUGCAAGAAGUCAAAACCAUUGACUCAUCGAAUACCACUAAAGAUGAUACAGCUUCAGAUGAUGCAAUGCCCCAGUACAAAUCUUCCCCAGAAGAUGUGUUUCAGAUGAAGCAUUUGGAAAAUGCUCACAUGACCAAGGUGGCUGAAAGUAAAGAUGGAAAGCAGGAAGUUGUAGCUGGCCACACUUUGAACACUAGCAAGGAUAGUGACACCUUAGCAGAACCCCAUGAUCAUAUUGCUGCAUCUAAGGCUGAAGAGUCCCAAGAUGAAAAACUAGAGAACACCUUGUCCGAUACUUAUCUUCUGCAGAAGGAAAAUGAACAUACUUCUCAGAGUUUGUUGAAUGAGGAAGAUCGUGAUUCAAAUUCUGUCUUCGAGCAAAAAGAGGAUGCAAAGGAAAAGACCGUUGAUAACAAGUUGUUAGAUGGUGUGUUGGUUCUCAAUUUUCUUGAAGCAAUUCAUGCAGCUGAACAGAGACAAGCUGAAUCAGACGCUCACAUCUAUGAGGAGUACAAACGAACACUGAAGGAAAAAUAUGAAAAGGAGCUGAAGGAUGCUAGGGCAAGGGAACUUAUGUAUGCAGAGGAGGCAGAUAGUCUAGAAAAGGAAUUGAAUAAGGAAAAAGAAAAAGCAGCUGCUGCUUUAAGGUCAUUUCAUGAGAAAGCAGAAGAACGACUAAAGUCUGAGCUUAGGCGUAAGGAGGAAGAGGCAGACAUGAAGCUGAAGAAAGAACAACUGCUUGCAAAAGCAGAAACAACUGCUGCAUUUGCUCUUGAGAUGUCAUCACAUUUGAAUGGGAUGGCUGAUGCCAACAUUCAAAUAGAUGCCUUGCGUACAGCAUUCUAUGCUCGUUCAGAGGAGGCCCGACAAAGUCACUCUGUGCACAAACUUGCACUGGGAACAUUUGCUUUAGAAAAUGCAUUGAUGAAGGGUGCACCUCUCCAUAAGGAAGUAUCUGUGCUUCGUGCAUCUGUGGAAGGUAUUGACAAAGACACUCUAUUAGAUGUUGCAUUGUCGUCACUACCCCCAGAAACUUUAACAGAAGGAACAAAAACACAGGCACAGUUGCACCAAAAGUUGGAUUCCCUGAAAGGUGCAUUGCGGGAACUUGCACUUAUUCCAUCCAGUGGAGGUGGUAUAUUGACUUAUGCCCUAGCUCGGUUUGCCUCUGCUGUCAAGGUUAAAGAAGAUGGAUUCCAUUCCGAAGGCAUUGAAUCUUUAAUUUCUCAUGUUGAGCGUUGCCUGGUAGAAGGAAGGCUUAUUGAAGCAGCCAAUGCUUUAGAGAAGGGUACACAGGGAAGCAAAGCAGAAAGUCUUGCUGCAGAAUGGGCAAGACAGGUUCGUAACAGGGUCGUGACUGAACAAACGAUGUCUCUAUUACAGGCGUAUGCCACCACAGUUGCAUCAAGUCUUGCCUGAAUUUUAAGGUUAAGGUCAUAUUUUGAAGUUUUGAUUUGCUCUCUUCUUGCAGAAACAAGACAUCUCUAUGCACUGGUAUUUGACACCAGUGUCUUUUCUUUAUUAUUUUAAAUCUUCUCACAGAGCAGUCUUGCUAGCUCUAGUUUACUUUUUCUAGCAAUUUAUUGCUGAAUGAUUGAUCAAAAUGUGACAUUAUCUUCAAUUUAUUGAAUUUGAUUGAGGAGUCUACUUUCAAUCCUAAUUUUUAGGCUCCCAGAUUCAUUAUACGCUAGUUUUGGAAUUUGAACCCCAAAUUUUUGCUGUUUUA